CUCCGCUUUGUUCCUUGAAUAGGCUUUCUCGAACCGUUUCAAAGCUAUUCUGUUUUCAUCAAUCAUUUGACAAGUCUUCCAACAGUAUUUUGCCUUAUUUUACAUUUGGAUUCAACCCCAGGGCGCAUAACGCAGUUCUAUCCACACAGCUUUACCGAACAAUUAUUACCACGCUACUCCAUCCGGUAAAUUACGUCACCAUGGCCAGUGAAGCUCCUACCGCCGCCACAUCUAUUACCGAACUUGGCGCUUCCGAAAAGCCACCUGUCGAUCCUACCACUGACUCCGCGACUGAAGGUGGCGACAAUGGCACGGCCGCGGCAACAUCCACAACUCCAGCCCCUGCCGCCGACACAGAAGACAAGGCCAAGUCAGAGGCAACAGAUGCGCCAAAGGAACCGACCAAAACAUCUGUAGCCGAAGAAGGACCAAAACAUACACCAGCUGCAACGGCCGAUAGUACGUCGAAGCCUGCAGUUGGCGUCACAGCUGCCGUUGCCUCGGCGGUUCCGGCGGCACCGGCGCAGCUCCCGGUCCCGGGUCCUGUGACCGCGCCUUCAUCCACCACAGAACCAGCCAAAGCGGCAACUAACGGCGCUGCCACCACUGAGGCGGUUGAGACCAAGAAUGACGACGCCAAAGCAGGCGACAAGCGACCAGCUGAGGAGCCAGCGGCUGUAGACAAGUCUGAUGGGCCUGCCACAAAGGUCAAAGAUGCAGUCAAAAAGGCAGUUGAACCACUUGCAAAGAAAAUGAAGACAGACGACAAAGUUGACAAGGCCGAGCCAGAAAAUAGUACUAACGGCAUCAAGCGAGGCAAGUCGAAACGUGAGAAGAAACCGGCGGCGCCUGUGGGAAGGACCGAACGUAAAACAAGAAGCCAGGGGCCUUUGUGAGUGUUUCAGGCAAAAAGUCCAAAUUUAAUUCAUCACUGCUACCUUUUGGGGGAAUUUUUAUUCUUCCUUGCGUGUUCAUAAUAUUGCAUUAUGAAGCGAUGGUUGCUGCCGACGACUCUUAUUCGGCGGAUAUAUAUUUUACUACGUGUUGUUCCGUGGUCAUCCCUAAGUCAGGGGGAGCAUUGUCUGUCCUUAAUUUCGAAGUGGUUUCUGUGUUGAGCAGGUUAUCCGAAAAAAAAAAGGGCAAUUAUUUCCAAAUCAAUAGUUGCAUUUCAUUUUCUAUCGCAUGCCCCGUCAAAGGGCGCGUGUCUGUCCGACUUCUUCGCGUUGCAAUGCUUUUUGCGCUAAGGAGCUUGUUGCCCUUGCUGUGUUGAUUCGCUUGUUGGUAGUUCUCGGGGCUGGAACACGUAUAUAAAUAAACACACGCAAGGCGGCGUGUCCAACUCUUUAAACCCAUUUAUUAGUGCAUUCUUGAGCCGGGCGCAACGGAAAGUAGCCGUUGAAAGUUUAGUAAGCGCAAGAAUCAUUCAAGCCACUUGGCAUGGGUAGAAAUCUUGCGAGCAAAUGGUUUCGUGAAGCAAGUAUCUAGUGGUUUUGACUAGUC